AUGAAACAAAGCUUAAAAUAUAUACUUUACUUUUUAAUAAUCAACUUUCUGCUAUUACAGCUUUUGAAUGUAGUAGUAUUAGCAGAUGAUUUUGAUGAUGAAGAACUUGUAGGCGAUCAUCUAACUUAUACAACCGCAACUACCAGCAAUAAUGAUAUUGAUAUUGAGGAACCCAUUAUAGAAAUUCCUGAACCAAAACCCAUUAAUGUGUUAACGCGUAAAAAGCUUCAAAUUUCAGAUUUUUAUGGCGAAAUGUUUAUAUGCAUUUCAAUUGUUUUAUAUUUAAUAAAUUAUUUUAUUGGUAAAAUCAAAAAUGAGAAUAUUGCAAAAUACUGGAUGUCAAUGAAUAUUCAAAUAUUCAAACAUAAUUUUUCAUUGAUUGGAAAUGAGAAUGAUAAAGCCUUGAUAAAAGAUGGACCAGCAGAUUAUUUAUUUUAUUUAAGUGGUAGAAGAAAUUGCAAAUAUAUUCACGGUAGAAUAACUGUUAAGCAUGAUAUAUUACAGACAACAACAGAUUUUGUCCUAACUCAGUUUACUCCAAAUGUUAAAUUACUUGAUACAAUUACUUACCAAAUAUUCAUGAAUGAUCAUGAUUAUGAUGAUUUUGUUUUUGCUGUGACCAAAAAAUCCGCAUCAAAAUCACUCGUCGAGUCUCGUUACGACUUGUUAAUUGUUGAUUUAUUAAAAGAAACUGAAGAUUAUUUAAUUGCAUUUAUUAUUAGUGAUCAACCGCGUAUUAGACCAGAAAAGCCAUCUUUGACUUAUCCUAAGACUAUUACAGUUAUACAUGAAAUUAAAAACGAUCCAGCAGAAAUACAAAGAACUUUAAAAAUCACUGAAUUGACAAUGUUGUUGAUCGAUUUAGUAUCUACGAGAUGCUCUUUUGCACCAGAGACCAAGAAUAAAUUUAAAAGAAACAGAGAAGAAGCAAACAAAAGAAUUUUAAAAUCAACUGAAGCCGAAAGAUUAGAAGCAAUUCAACAAAAGAAAGUUGAAAAGAAACGUUCCGAAGCUGAAAGAAUUGCAAAAUUGUCACCUGAAGAGCAAAGAAAGGUUUGA